CUACAGAUGACUUAUACGAGUACCAUCCCCACGACUUGGUAAACUGCGCCCUUCAACAAUACUGUUAUUCAGAUUGUGGCGCCACCAUCAUCGACAACUCGAUACCAUGACCACUAUGAGACACAUCUAAUACCUGCUACACCUUCUAUCCUCUUACCCGGAUCGACCUACUUAACCCUCUUCACACACUCUCUCUCUUUCGUGACCAGGAAAUCCUCCUCUUGUCAAAAGACCCGAAUAACACGGAGUACAAAAAUCCCCAAGAGACAAAGAUUUGAGCCAGGGCCAAGCCAUGCCGUUCGGCCAGCUCGUGAUCGGGCCUCCCGGGGCGGGCAAAUCGACAUACUGCAACGGGAUGCAGCAAUUCAUGGGCGCGAUCGGGCGCAAGUGUUCGGUGGUCAACUUGGAUCCGGCCAACGACGCGACGAGUUACGAGGCGGCAGUCGACGUGCGGGAACUGGUCACGUUGGAGGGGAUCAUGGACGACGAGGAAGUCGGCCUGGGCCCCAAUGGAGGGGUGUUGUACGCGCUGGAAGAGGUCGAGCAGAAUUUCGAGUGGCUGGAGGAUCGGCUGAGGACCCGCGUCGGCGAAGAUUAUGUGCUGUUCGAUUGUCCGGGGCAGGUCGAGUUGUUUACGCAUCAUGCGAGUUUGCGGCGGGUUUUUGCGAGGUUGGGAAAGAUGGGAUAUCGGCUAGUGGUCGUCAACCUGAUCGACUCAUACGCCCUGACACUGCCGUCAUUAUACAUCUCGACACUACUGCUCUCAUUACGAAGCAUGCUGCAACUCGACAUGACGCACAUCAAUGUCCUGACCAAGAUCGAUAACCUCUCGAAAUACCCUCCUCUGCCGUUCAAUCUGGACUUUUAUACAGAAGUGCAAGACCUGUCGUACCUGCUGCCGAGCCUGGAAGCAGAGUCGCCGAUGUUUGGACAGGACAAAUUUGCCGCGCUGAAUGAGGCGAUUGUCAACCUCGUGGAAGAGUAUGGACUGGUCGGGUACGAGACGCUCGCGGUCGAGGACAAGAAGAGUAUGAUGUCGCUUUUGCGGACGAUCGAUCGAGCCGGAGGGUAUGCCUUUGGCGGCGCGGAGGGGGCGAAUGAUAGUGUCUGGCAAGUCGCGGUCAGAGAGGGAAUGGGGACGAUGGACGUUAGGGAUGUGCAGGAACGGUGGAUCGAUCAGAAGGAUGAGUGGGAUGAGAGGGAGAGAAAGGAGUGGGAGGAGGAGCAGAAACGACGGGCAGAGGAGUGGGAGAGGGGUGUUGAGGAAGGGGGCAUCAGAAAUGAUGUAGAUGGAUUGGAUAUGGGGGAUGACUUACCUAGGAUGACGGGCGAUAGUGGUGUCAAGGUGAGGAGGAGGGAUAAGGCUGAGCCUGAGCCUGAGCCGGGCGAUGGAGGGUCAUGACCAUGGCAGCUGAUAGCGGGUUGGCUUGCUUCGUGGUUUUGGAAAAUGAUUCCACCCUGCUCUCUUGGUCAAGCAGCUUCUGAAGAGACGUGCAAUAGUGUGGUUGCUCAAUCAGAGAUAUCUUCCAUGUCCUCC